GCAUCCAAGUGCUUUGCCCUCCAAGAAUUGUUCCAUCAUGUUUUUUGUUGGAUGGAUUUAUUUUGUUUUUUUCCUACUGUGCGUAACAAUAGAAACUGUUACUUCUGAUGAAAGAAAAGAUGCAAGUGAACGACAAACAUCCAACUUAAUUCGUUGGAUUCCAAACACUUUGCACACUGCAAGCGAAAAAGAAUUGGAAUUAAUCCGAACUUUGGAGCAAUUAAAUAGUAAUUCUGAGGAAAUUGAUAGCAAUAUUGUUAUGCCACCCGGAUUUAUAGGUACUCGUGGAAAAAGGAAUGACAUUCAAGAUAGGCCUUCACCGAAUUUCGAUAUGGGAAUGAACGAUAAAGGAAAUAAUAUUUUGCCUGAACUUUUUGAAAUUCCUACUAAAAAGCAAGAUUUUCCACCUGGGUUUAUAGCAGUAAGAGGAAGACGUCAAGAUGUCCCUCCAGGUUUCGUUGCUGUCCGAGGAAAAAGACAAGUAGAUCCGGGAUUUAUUGCAGUUCGGGGAAGAAGAGAUGACAUUUUCCCUGGGUUUGUGGCUGUUCGAGGAAAAAAACAAAACGUGGAUCCAGGUUUUAUAGCAAGUCGUGGUAGAAGACAAUAUGUAGAUCCCGGAUUUAUUGCAGGUCGCGGAAGGAGGAAUGGUGGCAAGAGCAUAAGUGUGGAUCCUGGAUUUAUUGCAGGAAGAGGUAAAAGAAACGAUGAUUCAACUGAUUUUAUGGCAAUUAGAGAACCAAGGCAAGACGUAAUAGAUCCAGGUUUUAUUGCUGUUCGUGGAAAACGGAAUAUUGACAUGCCUAGCGAUGUAAACGUUAUCAAAAAUAGAAAAAUCCAUUCCUCUAAUUCUAUGAUAAUACACGGAAAAAUACAAGAUAAACAACCUACAUUUGUGGAAAUCCGCAAGAAAAGAAGUGCUCCUCUUGAAUUUAUAGAAAAUCAAGCAAAAUCAGAAUAUUUAUUUGAUAUUCCCUUGAUAUUGCUUUCAGAAAGAUACAAUUUAGUUGAUGAUUUAAACGGAAACUCUGAAACAGAUUUUUCUAAAAGAUUUGAUAAUUUUCCACCAGGAUUUAUAGCAGUUCGUGGUAAAAGGAAAUCAGAAUUUACAUAUGAAAAUAUGACUAAUGGAGAUCUAAUUGAUUGCACGAAAGCACAAGUUGCAUUAUGUCGUUGGUUUGUCGCUACAAAAGGUUAAACCUU